AUGGUGACGGUGAAUCUGGGAAUGCUUCAUUAUGUGUUGGACCACAUUUAUGGAGCAUUCAUGCACCGUACUAAGAUGAGCACCCCGUUCUUCUCGCGAGGGUGGGGCGGCACGAAACUUGAGAUGCUGGAGAGGAUGCUGAAGCAAUUGUUCCCGGAAGUGGCGGGGCAGAAUUGGCCUCCGACGUUGAUUGAACCGGUUUGGAGAACCGUUUGGGAGACGAAGAAUGCUAGGUUGAGAGAGGGGAUAUUCAGAACCCCUUGUGAGGAGCAACUGCUAGGUGCAUUGCCCCCCGAGAGCCACACUGCAAGGGUUGCAUUCCUCAUGCCCAAGUCUGUGCCCCCCAACAGAAUGGCCUGUGUUGUUCAUCUUGCAGGAACCGGAGACCAUACAUUUGAGAGAAGAUUGCGUCUUGGUGGACCACUGAUGAAAGAAAACAUUGCAACCAUGGUACUUGAGAGUCCAUUUUAUGGACAUAGACGGCCUGUGCUGCAGCGCGGUGCAAAACUUUUGUGUGUUAGUGACUUGCUUUUAUUAGGAAGAGCAACCAUUGAAGAGGCACGCAGUCUCUUACACUGGUUGGACACCGAGGCAGAUUUUGGCAAGAUGGGUGUUUGUGGUCUUAGUAUGGGAGGAGUACAUGCUGCCAUGGUUGGAUCACUUCACCCUACACCUGUUGCAACACUUCCUUUCCUGUCUCCACAUUCUGCCGUUGUGGCAUUCUGUGAGGGGAUUUUAAAGCAUGGCACUGCCUGGGAAGCACUGAGGGAGGAUCUUGCAGCCCAGAAGGUUGCAAUGACUCUCGAGGAUGUGAGAGAACGAAUGAGAAAUGUUCUGUCUCUCACAGAUGUCACACGUUUUCCAAUUCCAAAAAACCCCAAUGCUGUAAUUUUUGUUGCUGCCACUGAUGAUGGAUACAUCCCCAAGCACUCAGUCCUGGAACUUCAGAAAGCUUGGCCAGGUUCUGAGGUGAGAUGGGUCACAGGUGGACAUGUCUCAUCCUUCAUUCUCCACAACGAUGAGUUUCGAAGAGCCAUUAAAGAUGGUCUCGACAGAUUACCAUGGAAAGAGUCUCAUUAA